CAAAUGGAACAAUGUACGAGGGCGAUUGGGUUGAUGGACAAAUGAUAGGGAAUGGAUUGAUGAUACCAGGCUUUCUAUGUACCUUUUUGAAGACUAUCAGACCCAUUAUCAUCUGAAGCUUAAUUUUCAACUUAGCGUCAUAGAUCAUGACUACAACAAAGGGUGAUCUCAUAGAUGUACAAAUGUACUUAGUAUUACUGAUGAACAUGAUGAUUAGGGGAGGAGCAGUUGCUAUAGGAGUCUAGGAGAUGAAGAUGCAGAGCAUUCAGCUCUUUCAUAUGUCUUUUGUAGAUAUUGGGAAGGUUUCAUCACUCAUGGUCAUGGAUUCAGCACUUGCAUGUUCAUUAAUCCAAUUCCUUAUACUAGUUACAUUCUCCUCUAUGCUACUGCUACCAACAACCUUGGCCAGUGAAUUCUCAAUCAAGGAAGCAACUGUGCAAGAUCUUCAACUAGCUUUCCAAAGAAACCAAUUAACAUCAAGACAACUUGUUGAGUUUUACCUCAACCAAAUCAAAAUACAAAACCCAGUUCUAAAAGGAGUCUUGGAGGUGAAUCCAGAUGCAUUAGCACAAGCAGAUAAAGCUGACCAAGAGAGAAGGGAAAAAACACCAAGUUCUCUUUCAAGGUUGCAUGGAAUACCUAUUUUGGUUAAGGAUAACACUGCAACUAAGGAUAGAUUGAACACUACUGCUGGCUCUUUUGCACUUCUUGGCUCAGUCGUGCCAAGAGAUGCAGGUGUGGUUACCAAGUUAAGGAAAGCUGGUGCUAUCAUAUUAGGGAAGGCCACUUUGAGUGAGUGGUCACAUUACAGGUCUAGUAAAGUUCCUGGUGGUUGGAAUGCUAGAGGUGGACAAGGAAAGAAUCCAUACACAUUGGAUGAUCCUUGUGGUUCAAGUAGUGGAUCGGCAAUAUCAGUAGCAGCAAAUCUGGUUACUGUGUCACUUGGUACUGAAACCGAUGGCUCCAUUUUAUGCCCUUCAGGCCUUAACUCUGUGGUGGGCCUUAAACCAACAGUUGGUCUCACUAGUAGAGCAGGUGUAGUUCCAAUUAGCCCAAGGCAAGACACAGUUGGGCCAAUUUGUAGGACUGUAUCAGAUGCUGCUUGUGUUCUUGAAACCAUAGCAGGCAUCGACACUUUUGAUAAGGCAACAGUUGAAGCAUCAAAGUAUAUCCCAAAAGGUGGCUAUGCUCAAUUUCUAAAGAAAGACGGACUAAGAGGAAAGAGAUUAGGAGUAGUGAGAUACUACUACGAGUUUGGAAAUGACACUUUUAUGCAUGAAACUUUCAACUUACACCUAAAAACGUUAAGGCAAAGAGGUGCAGUUUUGGUUGACAAUUUGAAGAUUGAUAACAUUGAUGAAAUUCUCAGUGCUCCAAGUGAAUCUAUUGCUUUGAACUUUGAAUUCAAAUUAUCAUUGAAUGAAUACCUGAAAGAUUUAGUAGCUUCACCGGUGAACAGUUUGGCAGAUGUGAUAGCCUUCAAUGAGAAACACCCAAAAUUGGAGAAAAUGGAGUAUGGCCAAGAUGUAUUGGUGCAAGCUGAAAAGACAAACGGUUUUGGGAAAGCAGAAAAAGAAGCAUUAUUGAAUAUGUCAAGAUGGUCAGAAAAUGGGUUUGAGAAACUGAUGAAAAUAAAUAAACUUGAUGCUGUAAUGACACCUUUUUGGUCCUUUAGCCACAUACUGGCUAUUGGAGGUUAUCCUGGAGUGAGUGUUCCAGCAGGAUAUGAAAAGGGUGUACCAUUUGGAAUUUGUUUUGGUGGUUUGAAAGGGUCAGAGCCAAAGUUGAUUGAAAUUGCUUAUUCAUUCGAGCAAGCAACUUUGAUCAGAAAGCCACCUCCCCUUAGGAAGUUGGAAAUUACAAAUAAGAUGGCUUCAACACAAAUUAUUUGAGCAUUAAUCUUGAGCAUUAAUGGCUUCAACACAAAUAAGUUGGAAAUUGCUUAUCCUGGAGUGAAUUUUCUUGCUCAAAUACUGGCUUUCUAAUGGGAGGUGGCUUUUUGAUCAUCUCCAUGUUGAGAAGUUCACCAAGUAAAAUGGCUUCAACACAAAUUAUUUCCCUUGACAGAUUUGUUAUUUCUAACAACUUGAUGUAGUAAAACAGUUCCUACUACAUUAUUCACAGUGAUCAAAUCAUUAGUUUUAGUCCUUCACUUAA